CAGCCCCUUCGAGUCGAUACAUAUACACGAUAUGGGAAAGUGAACUGUCGAUAUUGAGUCAGUGGGACUACGAUGUCCACAUUAACUGUUCGAAAUUCAAAUCAAGAGUAUGUAGUGCCGGCGAGUUCAUCACAGGAUGUCCAGCCGUCCCCUUUAGCCCUUCUGGCUGCGACUUGCAGUAAGAUCGGAGCCCCUCCAGAAGCUGACGCCUACAAUCAGGGAGGGGCCCAAACAGUGCGCGUGUUAGGGGCCGGACAAUCAACUACAGCGCCAGGGGAAAUUGUUGCUCCUAGUUGGGUGCAACUGCCAACAGGUGCAGUCGUGGACGCCAACGCUAGUAAUGGAGGAAAACAGACUGGGACUGUCGCGAAUCUUGCGGCGGCAGGACAGCUUAUUCAACAAAGUCCGCAAGUUGUGGCAACGGUUGGACCAGGUGGCAGUAUCACGUACAAUGUUAUCCCAUCCUUCCAAACAGUUUCAGUGGAUGGUCAGGAAGCAAUUAUUAUACCAGCAGGGUCAUCAGGGCAAGCUUUUUUUGCUGCUGGAGGGAUUGGAAAUCAGACUAUGGUUACCCCUACAGGUCAGAUUGUAAGAGCACAAGGUCUCUCUGGUGCCAAUGUGAUAUCAAAUGUGGGGUUUCCAAACCUUACAGGGAAUGUUGUAAAUCUUGGAGGUAAUGUGCUUAACCUGGCAACCGCCGCAGGUAUGCAGUCUGCAGUGCGUGCUGCUGCUCCAGGAGUGGUGCAGACAAUGCAACUACCACUGAAUCAGGUACAACAAGUUCCCAACAUGAUUCAAAUUCCAGUGUCAGUUGGUGGGCAAACAGCAAUUCAAACUAUCCAGUUGCCUCUUCAGACAUUCCCAACUGGAUUACAGACCGGUUUACCCCAGGGUAUGGUGGCAGCUACUGGGGCAGUAGGAUCUUUUGGGACUGCUGCACAGGCAUUGUCACAGAGUCAAAUGACUUCCUCUACCCAGGUGCCACAUUCUGUUUCAACUCCUACAUGUGUGUCUGCUCAAACUGCAUCAGAGGAGGUCCAGGCAAAGUCUGAAAAGGUGGUCGAUGAAAUAAAAAUAUCAGCUGGACAAACAUUAUCGUCAAUUAAUCAACAACAAUUAUCAGCAGCUCAACAGACUGCCAAUAAUAUUCAAACUGCAAUUGCAAAUCAGGCAGUUGCAAAUGGUAAUUUUGCAAAUAUAGCUAUUGGCCCUAAUGGCAUACCAACUUUAAUUCCAUUAGGAGCAAAUAUGCUUAACACAGGUACAGCUCAAUUAGUGCUACCUGCUUCACAACCAGGUGCAGUUUCCCAAAACCCAGUAUCAUAUGCUGUAGCUUGUUAUCCCCAGGGUGGGACAGCAACCACAACUACUACAACCACAUCAAGUUCUAAUGGUAACCAAAAUCUGAAUUCAAAUGUUGUUACAAACAUUUUAAGCCCACAACAGAUCAUGCAAGGUGUAGGACAAAAUAUUAAUGUAGCUAACCUUCAGCUGGCAGGACAGAGUCAAGUAAUCUCUCAGAAUAUUUGGCAGCAAGCACUCAAUGUAGCUAAUGUUAGACCAACUAAUCCACAGACUGUUCAAGUCCAGAAUCUUCAAAGUCUUCAGAACAUACAAAGUUUCCAGACAAUACAAAAUCUUCAAAACAUGCAAGGUCUGCAGGCUGUUGCCCCACAAGGACAAAUCAUCAGUGGAUCUUCUGUGCAGAAUCUUGGUGCAGUGACACUGUCAUCUACUGGGGCAAUCACUGGUAUAACUCAAACCCCCAACCUGCAACAGUUGAAUCCCCAGGUACAGGCUAUCCAGGGCAUUGGCAGUCAACAGAUGUCUACAACACAAUCAGCAAAUGGAACACACAUUAUUGCAACCACAGCUACCGGACAACAAGUUCCUUUCCAGCAGGAUCCGAAUGAUCCAACAAAAUGGCAAGUUGUAGCCACUUCCCCAGGGACACCUAUCAGCACUCUUAGUCCAACACAAGUUUCGUCACAGUCAGUGGCUUCUGACACACCCACUCCAGGACGCAGACUGCGCCGUGUUGCUUGCACAUGUCCAAAUUGUCAAUCUGACGGAAGAAAUACAGGAGAAAACAAGAAGAAACAGCAUAUAUGUCACAUGCCUGGAUGCGGAAAAGUAUAUGGGAAGACUUCACAUCUACGCGCUCACUUAAGAUGGCAUACUGGAGAACGACCAUUUGUAUGUAACUGGUUGUUUUGUGGCAAGAGAUUCACACGUUCUGAUGAACUGCAGAGGCAUAAACGAACACAUACAGGUGAGAAAAAAUUCCAGUGUUCAGAAUGCAACAAACGCUUUAUGAGGAGUGAUCACUUGUCAAAACACAUCAAGACACACAACAACCGCCGCAGUGGUCAGCAGAAUGCAGUAUCUAGUACUCAAGUGACAACAGAGGAGGAACCAGACAUUGAGUACAAUGAAGAACACGAUUCUAUCCAAAAUAGUCAUCAAGUGGAAAAUGCAGAAGACGAUGAUGAUGACGAUGAUGACGAUGAGGAUGAGGGCAGUGACUCUGCAAGCAUGAAAUUGAUGGUUGAAGAUGUUACACAGCAGCUUUAGAGUCAAUACUGAUUCAGUUCACCAUGUGCGAUCCAACUAUAGGCAUAACAAUUACAGUCUGUGACUUAAGCCACUAGUCAAAAGCCAAGGUCUGAAAGUCCAUGUAGUUCACGUUCAGACUGGUAGACUGAAGUUUUCUGGGCGGAGACUGCAUUUGGCUCAGCUUUAUGUAUCAACCAUAUCUCAUAAACAUGAGAAUAACUCACAAACUUAUAAAUAUCUUCACUGACCUCUUGAGAAUCUAGUGGAACUCCAUUGUUGACGUACCACUGUAUAAAUAAAGCUGAAAUGUGUUGUAUAUAAUUCAAGCAUUGUCAUUACAGUAGACUGAUCUUCUUAAUAAAGACAGUUAUUUUAUCCCAUUACGUACAGAAACGCAUGCAUUAAAUGAAAAACUCUAAAAGAGCAUGCAUAAUAUAAACAGUGAAGCUUUUUCAGCAUGCGUGCAACGGAGCUAAUUUACGAAACACAAUUACAAGCUAAAGUACUGACGGGAAUGCUAGAAAAAUGCUUUUUGUCCGUUAAAAAAGGAUAGAAUUUUUCACAGACUGUUGCUAUUGAAGUAUCGAGUAACUACCGAUUAAUCGACCUCUGGUUUGAAGUAUUUCAGUCACAAGGAGUCCUAUCGACAAGUUAACAGUAAGUUCACAUUUAUUCUAAGUCCAAUGAUGGCAAUCUAAAAUGGACUAUAGAAAUAUGCGCUCAUGACUCUGUUAUAAUGAUAGUAAUGUAGUCUUCAUAAAACAUCUUAUCCACACAAAAAAAUCAUAUCGAGAAAGUUCUAGAUGUACAGCUUCUAAAAUAACAAACUGUUCCCAUGAUGCAUGUUACAUUACACUUUCAUAGCCAUAGCCAUGGUACACGACAUAGAGUUUGUACUAGGAAAUGUAUACAAGUUCUUUACUCUUCAGAGAGAUAGGUGAAAACCAUUUAUUAGUUAAGAUAGGGUGAUUUACCGAAUUGCCCAAGCUGUUGGGUUUUAAAUUCAUGCCAUCAAGUUUACGGUAUGAUAAGUAAAACAAAAACGGUAUAGGGGUAGUCUGAAAAAGAAAACCGAGACAUAAAAGGAUAUUAGACAGCUUUGAUACAGGGUGAUUAGGCGUGUAGUGUACAAGCUUGAAUGAGCAGAAGGUACCCCUGACUUGUAGGAAAAUUUGGGAGGAAAAAAGACAUGAUUAAUGUUUCCCGGACUGCACUAACAAUUGCUCUCCACGAGAUGGGAUUUCGAUACACUGUGCGUGGCGAUGACCAAGCAAUUUUCAGGGAAAAUUAUUUCAUCCUGUCUAUGAGAUCACAUUCUCUCCGCACCAUUCAUAACUGUCGCAGUCAGGGCUUCCAGAUCAUUUACCUUGACAACAACAUGUGACUUCAUGUGGCUACCAUCAGAUGGACAAAAAGCACACAUGGUACCAUCAUUAAAGGUAAUCAUUUCAUUGUUUUGUAUGCUGGAACCCCUGAUCUGUGGCUUUUUGAUGGCUAGUUUUCAAGGCAAAAACAACAACUGGUGAUUAUCAUAAGGAAUGAAUAGUGAUGUGUUCAGAGAGCCCAUUUUAAACAUACUCAGAGUAAUUGUCAUUGAUAACACCAGUUAAUAUAACGUCCGGGAAUCACAUAGUGUCGCGCCAACCAUCAGCAGUCUGAAGGCGACCAUACAGGAAUAUAUGACAUAAUUGACUUCAGACCAUCUGAAACAAAACUUCAACUCAUGGAGAAAAUUCAGCUGAAUAAGAAAACCAGUAAAGUACAAGACAUAUUUGCUGGCCGCACAACAAGGUCACGUUGUCUUACGUACGUAAGUCAGACAUUGUGAUCUCAACCCUAUUGUGCAAACCAAUUGAGCUAACUGUGAAGGCUUCAUGGCAAGAUAUAACACAACAUUCAAACUCACACAUGUCAAAGAUAGGAUCAACGCAGUCUUUGCUAGAUAUCAGCAUUGUUGAACCAGUUAUCAUACCUUUGGGUGACAGUACAGAUUCAUACACGUCAUCAGUGUAGAUAGAUGCUACAACAAGAAAUCAUCUGUGGAACAACAAAUACUUCUUGAUACAAAAAACGCAACUUUCCAAUACUCAUCCCGUUUCAUAGUUUUUGAGUAUUCCAUCAUUUUUCUCAAACAAAUAUAAUGCAGUACAUAUCCAAAAUUGCUACCCCAUCAAGGCACAUUUCAAUUAAGUACAAUAACAGCAAUAUUGUGAGACCACCCCCAACUCUGGUGACAUUUGCACCUGUGAGAAUGCACGGGCCUGUGUGAGGCCAUCACCUCGAGAAAGGUGUUGGGUAAUUACCUCGGGUUUUUGGCUGUUUCAUACAUGCAUAACAACACACGAAUAUUUUCUAAGUUUAUCAUCAUUUUACCUGUAAAAGUACAUCUUAAGGGUAAUCACAGUGUCAGUUAGGAUAGGCUAAAUUAGGUCAAUUUGCGUUUGCUUUGAUAUAUAAAUGUAGCGAACGCGAGGCCCAUCAAUAUGUGGACUAUAUUUUGGAUGAAGUUAUUUCCAUGUGUCCAAGGGGCGGUCGGGUAGCCUAGUGGUUAAAGUGUUUGCUCGUCAAGCCAAAGACCCUGUUUCGAAUCCUGACAUGGGUACAACGUGUGAAGCCCAUUUCUGGUAUACCCUGCCGUGAUAUUGCUGGAAUAUUGCUAAAAUCGGCGUAAAAACCAUACUCACUCCUUGUGUCCAAUCUCUGACUGCUUGAUAAAUACUAUUUUGAGAAAAGUUAUUGACAAAGUGCACGGAAAGAAAAAAAGACACACCUGCGUUAGUACACGAACAAACGCAGAAUGGAAAAGAAAGUUUCCAAUUCUUUAAAAUAAGGGUGAGCUGCAGUUUGGUUAAUUUCAAUGUCGUUUCAUUAAUGCGAAACAUUGUGUGGGCUUAAAAAAUUAUGGAACCAGUAACAUUCAAAAGUCAAAUAUUACUAGACACAAUGAAAUUACUUGUUUUGUUACUUUAUUUUGAGUAAAUGAAUCCGAUGAAUCACCUCCUAAAUAAAAUAAUGCAGUUGUCUUGGUCCGAGUUACUGAGCAGAACAUUUUCAAACAUAGUGCAUUUUUGGCAAUUACUUUUCUGCAAGUUUCAAUGCAAUCCAAAUACCACAACAUAAAUACAGAAAUUUUAUCCUGCACUAUACAGGGUACUGGCCUACUUGAUAUACUGAAAUACAGUUGAAAGAGAUUUUUUUCUUAAACAAAAACAUAAUUUAAUUUUUUUGAAAUGUUGAAAUGUUGAUUCAUUUUGGGGAAAAAAACCCAAUAAUGAUGAACAGAUGAAUAAAAUUUAUUGGCUACCCAAUGAAAACUGUAGUAACCAAAUUAAAAUAGAAACCUUUGAGUAAAAUCUCAAUUGCUUAAAAAUUUAUCUGAAGCUCUGCAUUGCUAUGACCAUUACUCACAGUUAUCCAGAGUGACUACAAGAGAGAACUCAGAAUGUUGACAUUUACCUCACUCCCAAUUAAUUCCAAACAUUAGCAACAAGUCGCCUCUGUGAUUGAUUACACUGCUAUGGCAUAAAAAGGGUAUGGCAGUGGAAGGGAGGGGUGUCUUGUGGAGAUGUGCUCAAUCUAUGGAACUAAUCCUGGACGAUUUUUGGAGACUCAUUCAGUAAGCUUUUGCAAUUGAGUAUUUUAUGGCUCACCAGUCCUUGAAAGGCAAUGUGAGAUAUUGUCAUCACAUGUCGUCAGUUAACAUCACAGUUUGUUUUUUUUAAUAUUUUCUGCUCCUUCCCUAAAAUAGCUACAUGGAUGAGCUGCUCUUUUUGUAAAAAAAGGGGUUAAAGUUUGUACAAGGUAUCAAAACUAGAAUUUCAGGAAGGCCAUUGGGUAGCAUCUUUGGUUUCAAACAAGACAAUAUUUUAAAUUUAGUCAAAAACUUAAUGGGGGCUGCUCAAGGCAUCUUGAUUUGGAAUCAAUGUGGCUGCCAGCAUCAAUAUUGUAAAAUACAAACAAAAACAAAACCAUCAUUUAUUUGUCAUACAUUAUUUCAUCAUUCCUCAGAAACAACUUCAUCAAUGAAGCUGAAACUUAGCAUGCUUAUUCUUGCCAAUGAUGACACCUGAACUUGUUCAAGAAGUUCAAAUCUGAUGUUCAGUAUGGAAGCCAUAUUGAAAAAGCUAUUUAUGUCCAUAGUUCAACCCAAUCGGCUCAGAAUCUUCUCUGACCCGAGAAGAUCCGGGGUAGAAUAGGUCUUCAGCAACCCCCCCAUCGCUGUAAAAAGCGACUGCUUGUCGUAAGAGGUGACUAACGGAAUCAGGUGGUCAUGCUCGCUGACUUGGUUGAUGCAUGUCAUUGAUCCCUAUUGUGUGGAUCGAUGCUCAUGAUGUCAAUCACUGGAUUGGCUGGUCCAGACUCCAUUAUUUACAGACCACCGUUAUAUAGCUGUGAUAUUGCUGAGUGCGGUGUUGCUUGAUGUUUGAAAAGUCCAUUUAUGGCCAUUUCUCAUUCUUGUUCAGAAUGUCAUGAAAUGUGCAUUUAGUAGUUUAGCAAACAUAUUUGUUCCAGUUUAUGCAAUAUUUUAUAUUUUUACAUGAUUUGGCAUUUGCACUUUCACCAUGCUCUUACAUGCUUGAAAACUUCAUGUGCUUGUUCCCCCCAAUAAUGCCACCUGAAGUUGAAGUUGGAAUAUCAAUACUGACAGCAACUUUUGUUAGUGUCUGUCUUAACAACAUUUUAUACUGUACUACAUAUUCAGGUGAGCAACAGUACCGUGGCACUCUUUUGUUCAAGCGAAAAUAGCAAUGGUAUUCUGAGUGUGCACAAUUCUUCUCUUUUAAGAAAGAAACAAUAUUUGUACAAAUAUGUUUAAAUAGGACACAAGUUCAAGGAUGUAUAUUUGGCCUGGCAAAACAUCUUAUAUCUUUUAAAACAGACUUUAAUUCCAAAUUUAUUCUUUGUUCAUAUUGUUUUUUUGCAUAUAUGUUAUAUUAAAUAAGUAUAUUAUAAUAAAAUUGGAACGUCUAUAUAUCAAUAAAUAUUGAUAAAAUUCACUCUAUAUUGUCAUAUGUCUGUAUUUCUUUCUUUUUUGAGCUCCCUGUAGAGUGUAUGCUGGUAUUUGUGCUCAGCCGCUUUUGGUUUUCUCAACCAUGCACUUAUGACAGAUGUUGGAGACUUACCUGUAGUAAGUGAAUUAAACUAUGCAUGCAGA